AUGGGUACUCCCCCGUCACCGCGCAAGGCAUCUGUCGGAUGCCAAGACAAUCAGUACGGCAUCAAGAACAUGAAUGUGCACUAUGAAGCCGACACCAGUCCGAACAAACUCGGUAAAGGCAACCCCACAGGCAGUACUAUAAGUAGUAAGGGCGGUAGAUCAAUCUCAGCUACACCAGCCAGCACAAUCAGCUCUAGUGCUACCAAUGGGCCCAUACACAGUCCUUCGUCACUAUCGAGCUUUGCGAAUAGCAUGUCGCUGCGCUCAGGCAAGUUCCAACCCUUGUCACAGAUGCUUAAGAAACGCAAUGCGCCCGAGCUAUCUGCUGAGGAUACACAAACACUGCGUGAUGAGUGGGGAGGAAAGAACCUUAAAGAUGUCCUAGAGCAAGCUGAAGAUGUGUUUAGUUCGCUGGAUGACCAGGGCGACGAUUCUGGGCGUGAUGGGGUCACCCAUGUCCCGAUUGUCCUAUCUGAUAUUUUCGGUAGGUCACUCAAAGUGUCUUAA